AUGGACUUCCCUCAGGAAGGAGAGUCGAUUUAUUAUCGAUUGCAGGCUGCAUUUUCUCGCGACUUGUAUGGAAAUCUGUUGCACUGCACAGGAUCACAGGAAGCCCGUAUUAGACGGAACUGGCACACCAUAAGCCCCGAACUCUGUACUUGGAGUGGUACCCUUUAUCAAUCUUCUAACGCAUCAUUUACUGGUAUUGUCCUUGAUAAUAUUCCCGACCCCACACAUGGUAAGAGAGAAUUCGAAGCAUUCUUCAGCCGUCUACUCCUUCGUCAGGCCAACUUUGCUAUUAGUUAUCAGUCUAGCAGUCCGGACCCUUCUGACCUUUAUACCGAGUUGGUAACGGAAGAACUAGUGUCCUUGUUUGACACAUAUCUUCGAUAUCAGGGUGAAGAUGAUAAGUGGCGAGACUCCGGACGAGGCUAUUUCAAGGAGCGUGUUUACCAUUUUACCUCCCAGGGACGGAGGCUCGAACUUUGUCUCCCUGCUUUCCCCUGUAAAUCAUCCAAUACCGACAAAGUCACGGGUAAAGACCCUGACCGUGGCGAGGAGCUGGCCCUGGAACGUCUUCAUGGCUUUGUCGAAGCUGUCGAGGCGAUAUACAGCGCAGGCGCUAAGCUCUGGAUAAUCAGCGAUGGACAUGUUUUCAGCGACUGCAUUGGUGUCAACGAUAAAGACGUUGACGCGUAUUGUCAGAAGUUGAUUAAGAUGAACCGAGAGAUUGGCUUUAGAAGGGGCAACACGGACCGAGUAGGGUUUAAGUCCCUUGUCGAUCUUUUCGAGCUAGAAAAGUAUAACAGUUCAUUGAAGCUCGCAAAGAUUGACAGCUUCGAUAUUCCAGUUAUCAACCAUCAUGUACAGACAUGGAUAACCACGGAAGCUGAGCUAUGCCGACGCCUGCUAAUGGCAGGAUGUCAAUCGCAGAAAUCUGCGCUCCGAGCUAGGAUCGAGUCCCAAGAGGCGGGAGUCCUGGCUUUAUAUCGUGGAUUUUCGCGGUUUAUGCUUGAGGAUUUGGAGCUCCAUCCGUUCACGCGAACGAUGAGCCGCUCGAAGCAGAAGAAACUAGCGUCCAAAGUGGCGUUUGAGAUGAUUAUGAGGAACCAGGCAUACUCAAAUCUUGUGGAACUCCUCUUCCCAAACCACAUUCGGUUAUCAAUCCAUGCACACAAUAAUGCGGGGCCAAAGUUUGGUGUUCAGCUCUUCGACCCCAAACUUGUCAGGGCAAUUGAAUCGCUUUCGCAAAAUAGCAGCUCCGUGACUUCUCUGGACCUAUUACACAUCCCUACUCCUUGGCAUAACUGUGUGGCAAAGGUCGCCGGUAGCGAGGUUCUGUAUGUGACUAAGGCCAAGGUAGUACGGGAAGCACUUGCUAGAGGAGAGAUGGUAGGAAAAUUGGUUACACAAGAGGACAGAUUCGAUCCCAGCCGCGGAGUAUAUUUCGCUUUGCAUGAUGCUAGCCAUAGUGGCAUCGAUAUUCGGAUGCGAGAGGCGAUUAAACGGGAAAAGAUAUGUUUAGAACCCUCGAAGAGCGACAAGUCCAGAAAGGGUUGUACAUCGUAAGUGAACCAAAUUAACCUACUAAUUAUAUUUUGACGAGGUAUCUUAACGGACCGACUUGAACUGACUUGAACUUUAAGGCUGAUGGUUGCAUCCGCCUUGUAUCAGCCACCUCGUCCAUAACCUUUGGAGUGCGACACCGAUUACGUCCUCAUCUGAGCUUGUGAUUCGACACUGUUGUACAUGUGCUCUCUAGAGCAGGUGGAUGAGACUAUGGAACUUACCAGGGCUAACGGCGAAGGU